GUUGUUGUUGCUGCUGCUGGAUCUCAGGCGAAUCAGAAAAUCAAUUAAGUUAUGAAAAAUACCAUUAAUUGCCUUUCUUUGUCACCGCAGCUCAUGAAGAAAUGGCGGAUCUCCAGACGUUGUACACUUCAGCAAAAACACUUCACAUCUAAUGGCGUGUAUAGCGACGAUAAAAAACAGCUCAAUCGACAGGACUAUUUACGUUGUCUAGAAAUACUGAAGAAUAGCUUCCAAACAGAUGAGAAUGAGCUGAUGGUUGAGGAAGUCUGCAAGACGCCGCUACAAAAAAGAGAGAGGCUGACCGGAAGAUGCCAAGAAAAAAACAACAGAAUCCACAGCCAGUCAAGUUGGAUUCUGAAGAUGGUGUAGCCAUUGAAGCUCCUGGAAACCUCACCUUAGACACAGACUUCCUUCUAGGACAAGACCUUGAGUUUGGUGACCCCGAUCAUGACAACAAGAUUCUAGGCUUGGAAAAGUUCUCAGAAGUAGCUGCUGAGAUCGGUUUCUCUGUGUAUCCUCUGGGUGAUGAGGAGAGCCCUGCCUACAGCCAGCUCAGCAUGGAAAGUGAAACGGACAACUCCCACAGCACAACUGACAACGGUAGGGAAGACGAGGGUAGAGCAGCCCAGUCUGAGCCCAGUUUUCCUCCAUACCUGUCCUGCAGGAGCUGCGGACAGCUCCGCGAUGAACCCCUGGGACCUGGAAUAGACCUGGUUGGUCCGUACUGCCUUAGGUGCUGCAAAGCCUCCAGGGAAGCCAAAGGCACGGACUUCUGUUCGCCUUUUGGAAGCAUCAGCGGGAUUCGCUCAGGAUCCCAUUUGCAGCUUGACGGUGAUGCGGCGGGAAAUGGGAUGGGUGACAAAGUACUGACAGCUGAGGACAAAUUGCCCAAACUGCACUCGUGUCACCUCUGUGGCUUCUCCUCGCGUUACGCCAACCACGUGAAGCGUCACAUGAAGACGCACAACGGGGAGAAGCCCUAUAACUGCCCCUUGUGCACUUACGCCUCGGCCCAGCUGGUGAACCUGCAGAGACACCUGCGCAUUCACACUGGGGAAAAACCGUACAAGUGUGACCGCUGCACUUUUGCCUGCAGUUCCCUUGGCAACCUCAAGAGGCACCAGCGCAUGCAUGUGCCCUCUGCGGGGGCGGGACAGGACGCUCCACCACGACCGGCCAGUGGCCAAAACAGCCUGAAGAGGCAUGUGACUGGGCAAAGAUCCAAUGAGGAAGAGUCUGGUGCAUCAGCCAAGGUUUCAGAAGUUGCGAGGCCGACUUCAAACCUGAGUUUGGGAGCCCAGAACAAUGACUACCUAUCAGCCUUUGAUGGCUUAAAAGGGGCGUCACCACCCCCCAUACCAGCCUCUAACCCAGCUCCUGACCACCAGCCUCCACCCCUGAUGGAGAGCACAGGCAGCGGUGGCAGCAGGGCAACCAGAGGCGGCGUAGCAGACGGUGCAGCCCUCACACAGUCACUUUUCCCUUUCACCUGCCGGCUGUGUGGCAUUGUCCUGGAGGACGAAGACGGCUCCACGGCGCAGAUUUGUGCCAAGUGUACCCUUGAAAUGCUGACUAAAGACUCAUCAUCUCCCAAUAGCCCCGGUGAACGCAGCGACAAGGUGUACACCUGCGCCGCCUGCCCCUUCCUCACACACUACCCCAACCACUUGGCGCGCCACAUGAAAACUCACAGCGGCGAGAAACCGUACAAGUGCCCACAAUGCGACUAUGCCUCAGCGCACUUCGACAACCUCAAGCGUCACCACAGAGUGCACACAGGCGAGAAACCUUACAAGUGCCAUUUGUGCGAUUAUGCCUGCGGGAACCUGGCCAACCUGAAGCGCCACCAGCGGGUGCACUCUGGCGCGAAGCCCUUCCAGUGUGCCGUGUGCAGUUACAGCUGCAACCAGAGCAUGAACCUGAAGCGGCACAUGCUUCGGCACACGGGAGAGAAGCCGUACAAGUGCCAGGAGUGUGGCUACACCACUGGCCACUGGGACAAUUACAAGAGACAUCAGAAGAAACACGGCCUGGCCACAGACGGCUGGGUCAAAGUCCCGAUGACCGGCAACGAUGAAGAAGGGGAAGUAAGGAAAGGCAUGGGAGUUGGCGGUCAAACUCACAGAAAAGAAACCGGGGUUGAUAUGCAGUAUAUGUCGAGGGAGGUAGGUCAGACAAUACACCCAUGCUACAAACAUGAGAUUGUAUAAAAUAUAACUCAGCAAAACUAAGCUACCAGCAACCCCCCCCCCCCUACAGAGCCUUUAUAUUGUUUCAGUGUGUAUCAGUCUGUUAGUGUUUUGUCAGAUGUCUUCAGAGGCUGCUAAUUGUUUAUUUGUAUAAUCUCGCACAAUUAUGAAAAACAAUUGUUUUGAAUAUUUUGAUCCCUUUUUGGAUUAUGUAAGGUGGGUGAGUCUGUUCAGAGUUUGUCUUCUACUCUGUGUUUGUGUCAAGGCGAGUGGACUUUCUGUAAAGUGGAAGUCCUUUGACCGUCUCAUUCUAUAUGUUACACCACACUAGGCUAAUUCUAACUUUUCCCCCUUCAUAUUACAACACACAUCUGGUUCUUCAUCGUAGAACAGAGAACACUACCAAAUACUCCUCAGUAGAUGGAACUCGUGCACACUUUUGCCUGAACUGUUGAGCUGCACUGUGUAGUUUAGAUUUUAAAUAAGGGGCAAUAGCUGUUUUUAUCAAAGUUGUUAUAAAUUGUCAUAAAUUUAGGCCAAACCUUUUUAAUUUUGUACCAAAAAUUUCAUGAAAUUUGAAUUUUAGUGAUUUUUUUCCUAUCACAUUUAACUGACUUGCCUUCAAUAGGUUAUUUUAACAAGGAAUUAGAUUUGACAUAUGUGCUAAGUUUAUACAUAGACUACACAGUGCAGCUUUAAAUAAAGACUAAUAUUGUGCUUUGUUUGCACUGGGGCACAAGCUCUGGUAAUGGCAUGCCUUCAGAUUAAUUUACUAAUGUAUGUACUACUAGCAAAAUGCUAUUUAAUAGUAGUGGAACUGUACCAUUGAUAAACUAUAUUGAUUAAUUAGGUUGUUGAAGCCUAACUAAAGAAUCUCCAGUGUCUUGAACUGUGUUCCCGUACCCCUCAGGAUUAUAAAACGGGAUUUGGAAGGCUAAACAGUUGGCAGCAAAUUUAUUUCUGGUUAUUUUAACGCUAAAAUUGCAUGCACAAGCAUUUUGAAAGGCCCUCUUCGGUCUGGACGUGUGUAUGGUUAAAGAAAAGGCACAAUUAUACACACAGUUGCCUUUGAUAGGUUUAAAUGAGUUGUGGAGGGAAACAAAGCAUUGGAGUAAAGUAAAUCGUAAAACGAGCAUGUUGAAAGAAUGUUUCCUGCCACAAACUUGUACUUGCUACAUAUCGUUACUCUUUAAAUUUCUAGAACUUAAAACAAUUAAGUCUGGGUAUUUUUGAUGGAGACUGUUUGAUCACCCUCCUUUUGAUUACUGUUUACUAUUGACUGUGAAAUUAGCCCAUUCUUGUGUGUUUACUUGAAAAAAAUAUGACACUAUUAGUAAGCAUGUGAGUGUGUAACAGUUUUAUUUUUCUAGUGUAUACUUGUGUUUUUUAUUUUUGGAUGUGUGAAGUGUCAUUUAGUUACCAUAGGAAAAAUAUGGACUGAUUUUAAGUUUACUCUCUUUUUGAAUUACUAUUAUAUGCAAGUGAGAUUUUUCAGGUUGCCAACUUGCUAUGACACAAUGGAGCAUUGAACCCAUUGAUUAGUACUGACAUCCCCCAAGUGUCCAUUUUUUUGUCUUUAUGCAGUGUCUCAUAAAUGCCUUAAGUGAGGAUUUUGAAAUAAACACAUGGAAUUCAUUUCAUUGAAUGUCA